GCGCUUAAUUCUGUCCGUGUGGAAAUGUGGAGCAAAUGUUUUGCUCGUGUUUAGUCCUGUGUUUUGCUAAAGCCUAUGGGAUUAAAGAAACUCGGUUUGCGGCGUUAUUGUGUCUUAGCCCUGGUUGUAGUUGCAGUUGUGACAUGGAUCAGCUGUUUUAUGAACUCUGAAGCGCCAUCCAGUGCCACAACAACUUUUUCAGCAGCUGCGGGAUCAAUGCCUGACCAAACUCUGGACUACUUCCUCAAGAAAGGCACUUUAAAGGACCACAAUGCAGCAGAUAUCCAGUGGUAUCAUGCAGCCAACAGCAAGGACAAGAUCACUGAAGCACUCCAAGAUAGCACACAGAUGAUUGAAGCCGAUGUACUUCUACGGGGUCGUGACCCAAAGGAACCCAUAAUGGCACAUCCACCAGAUAAUGACAGUGACAUCACACUGCGAGACUGGCUGAAAAUGGUGGCGAACUCAGACAAAGGCAUCAAACUGGACUUUAAAAGCCUAGAAGCAGUGGUGGAGUCGAUGGCACUUCUGGACAAGGUUCGAGAUCAGCUGAAGGGGCCUGUGUGGAUCAAUGCAGACAUCCUGCCAGGGCCUGGAGGCACAGCCACACCUUUAGAUGCCCAGGCCUUUUUACAAGCAGUGGCUAUGAAGGGAGACGUGCUUUCUUUGGGCUGGACCACUGGAUGGUCUCCGAAUACAGACAACCCAGGUUACAGUUGGGAGAUGGUUCAGCAGAUGGAGGCAGUGUGCAAGAACCUGACGCAGCCUGUGACAGUCCCAGUGCGAGCAGCUCUUUUGCCCCAGUCCUUCGUUCAAUUCCAGUGGCUCUUGCAGCAGUCGAACAGGUGGAACUUUUCAUUUCAACAUAUACACUCUGACCAUAUGGACAGGCCAGAGUGAUGUGCUGAAUGUGGAGGAUCUGUUACCCUACAGGCAAAACUUCAGCAAGUCCAGAAUCUACUACGAUCUCUUAGAGAAUCAGAUUUCAAAGUUUAAAAGCUUACCUGGGUACACCAUAUCACAAUAAGAACAGAGCUAGGAGUUACUCUCCAUUAAAUUGGGUACAGGAAGUGAGGAAUAUGUGUUGGAGACAAAAUCAUGCCUCUGUGCUAUGAUGAUGUGUCUACAAAAAGUGGCUAUAGUAUAGACACUAUUACAUAGACCAUGUAUUGUCAAUAGAUUAAUGCAAGUCACAGGAUGUUGAUUUUUAACUUUGAAUGCAACAUACAAUGAUGCACCAUACAGUGACCUACAAGACAUACUUGAGCUGUAAAGUGUAGUAAACAGUAACUCAGUAUAUACAUUUUAUUAGCUGUUUUUAUUUUCAGUGUCAGAGAGUUUCUUUAAUUUUUGGCUGCUCUUUUCCUCCUUUAUGAUGUUUAACAGUGAACACAGAACAAAUACUUUGUCCAGUAUCUGAUUAAUCAGAAUAAAUAUUCACACACUA